UAAAGAGUGAAGACUGGUGUGUCCAAAAGGCAAGCCAUAGUUUAGCGGGAAGCUAUGGAGGCGCCAGAAGCAAAGAACAUCUUCUUCUUCCUGUGCUCCGACGACAAUAGAUAGCCCCAGUUUCAGCUACAUUUUACUUCCCUGUGAAACGACAGGGACGUAUUCAUCACUAUGCGCAUUGUUACUACCGUCGCCAACUCUCUCAAAUCACUCCGCAGCCUCCACUUUCUCAGAGUCACCUCUUCUGCCCCCCUUCCGUUCAAGGACAAACAGCAGAUUGAAACACAACAAGGCAGCGCCAACUAUUCACCGGAUAAUGAUCACACAAUUGGAAAGUCAACGCUGGCGAUGGACCUCGCCUCUCUACUCGAGGAACCGAAGCCAAAACCGAAACCCAGGAGUCGGAUGGAGCUUAAGCGGUUUUUCGAGCUCCGAAUAAAAAAACGGGUCAAGGAGCAACACACCAAUGGCAAGUUCCACGACCUUAUGAAAACCGUGAUUUCCAACGCAGAAACCCUUCGCGAUGCUUACAACUGCAUCAGGAUCAACUCGAACACUCUGGACGCGACUUCGAGUUCGAGCCACGACGCUUCAUUUUUGGAUGACCUAGCUGAAGAGCUCGGGAAAGGGGGUUUCGACGUGUCUGCAAAUACGACGUCGUUCUCAACGAGGAGAGGUUCUGUGAACAAAGAGAUAUUAGUGCUUCCCAAUUUGAGGCUGAAGGUUGUGCUGGAAGCGAUGAGAAUAGCUCUGGAAGUUGUAUACAAGCCACAUUUCUCGAAGAUCUCGCACGGAUGCCGGAGCGGGAGGGGCUGCGCCGCCGCGUUGAAGUACGUGUGCAAGGGUGUUUUGAGUCCUGAUUGGUGGUUCACAGUGCUUGUGGUUAAGAAAUUGGAUGUUGCUGUUUUGGAAAAGCUGAUUUCCAUAAUGGAGGAGAAGAUGGAAGAUCCUAUUUUAUAUGGUUUCAUUCGGAGCAUGUUUGAUGCUGGAGUGUUAAAUCUAGAGUUUGGGGGUUUUCCUAAGGGACAUGGUCUCCCACAAGAAGGGGUUUUGUCCCCUAUUCUGAUGAAUAUUUAUCUUGACCUCUUUGACAGUGAAUUUUGCAGGCUGUCGAUGAAAUAUGAAGGCAUCUGCGGUGGAGGGCUAAAUGAGCGAGACAGGUCUGGCUCCGUGUUGCGCGAUUGGUUUAGGAGACAGUUGGAUGGAGAUGAUGUUAGGAAGAGUUCUGGUGUGAAAGUUUACUCUUGUCGCUAUAUGGAUGAGAUGUUUUUUGCAGUUUCUGGUUCAAGGGAUGCUGCUGUUAAUUAUUUGUCUGAGGUCCAGAGUUAUUUGAGCAGUUCUCUGCUGUUGGAUGUGGGUGAUCAAACUGAUGUAUUGCCCUGUGAUGGGUCUCAUGGUAUCCGGUUUUUGGGAACUUUGGUGAGAAGAACAAUUAGGGAGAGUCCUGCUGUAAAAGUUGUUCACAAGUUGAAAGAAAAAGUGGAGCUAUUCACUCUGCAAAAGGUUGAGGAGUGGAAUUAUGGGACACUUAGAAUUGGGAAGAAAUGGUUGGGUCACGGUUUGAAGAAAGUUAAGGAAUCAGAAAUCAAGCAUUUAGCAGAUAGUAGCUCCCUCCUGAACAGGGUUUCCUAUUUCCGUAAGUCUGGAAUGAAAACUGACCAUUGGUAUAAGCACUUAUUUAAGAUAUGGAUGCAAGAUGUUCAGGCAAAAAAUGUCGAUAGUGAGGAAAUUAUCUUAUCUAAGUUUGUUGCAGAGCCGGCUCUUCCUCACGAACUAAAAGAUUCCUUUUAUGAAUUUACAAAGCAGGCAGAGCGGUAUAUAUCUGCUGAGGCAGAUUCUAUUCAUAAGCUUUUGCCAGAUAAUAACAGCUCAACCGAUCAUCCUGUGGCAAAAACUGAGACUGUUGCUCCUAUCAAUGCCAUAAAGAUGCGUCUACUGAGAUAUGGAUUGACAACAAGUAAAGGGUACCCACGGUCUGUUAAUUUGCUUAUCAUGCUAGAUACAACUGAAAUUAUUGACUGGUUUUCAGGGAUUUCUUGCCGCUGGCUGAAGUGGUAUGAAAAUUGUGUUAACUUCGAUGAGAUAAAGCUCUUGAUUACAUAUCACGUUAGGAAAUCAUGCAUUCGUACUUUAGCAGCAAAGUACCGGGUACAUGAAAUUGAGAUAGAAAAGCGGUUGGGUGAAGAACUUAUCAGGAUUCCAUCAACACAGGAAACAGAGAAGGAGAUGACAAAUGAAGCAUUGGACGUUCAAGCUUUUGAUAACGAUGAGGCAUUAAUGUAUGGAAUUGCUUCUAGUGGUGUGUGUUUGUUGUCUCUAGCGAGAAUUGUUACGCAGGCAAGACCAUGUAAUUGCUUUGUAACAGGGUGCUCAUCUUCAGCACCUAGAGUCUAUACUCUACACGUCAUGGAACGGCAGAAGUCUCCUAGCUGGAAGACUGGAUUUUCAACCUGCAUUCAUCCAAGCUUAAAUAAACGACGAUUAGGGUUGUGUAAGCAGCAUUUGAGGGAUUUGUAUCUUGGGCAUAUAUCACUUCAGUCUAUUGAUUUCAGUGCAUGGAAGUCAUAAAUUAUAUUUGUAGAUUUCUCAAGUUGCUUGGAUUUAACUCGCUUAUUACUUCAUAUCAUUGAUGGUGAAAGUACUAUUGAAAACGAGAUAUGAGAUGGUAUCCGAUACUUUCUCCUUACCAGCAGAUUUUCUUAAAGCACAAAGGUCAAGUGUUUCCUUCGAUGAUCUUGGUGCAUUUUUCAAUUUACCGAUGCAACACUGGCGCCCAGUCACUCAUUUAUUAAGUUGAGGGAAUUUUCCAAGAACUGGUUAUUUGUAGUGUGUUUGGGAAUCAAUUUAGAGGCUUCCGAAUGGGAAAUCCCACUCUCCAAAGCAGCAAACAUAGAAGGAAGGGAGGACAUAGAUCCACGUUCAGUUCAAUGUAAUUAAAUUCCAAACACGCUUGUCGUCCUAUAUAAGGUGAGCUCUAAGCAUCUUCUCAUCUAUUAAUAGUUGUGCAUUGAUCGAUUUCCCAGCAUAAAUACCUUUUAAUAGUGAAGGCCGAAGAGGUUUUAACCAAUGGCCAUCAAUUUAACGGUUGAUGCCAAGGCUAUUGGAUGGAAAAAGAGUAGUUUUACUAUGAUAUUCACUCGUGUUACAGACCCAAGAGAAAGAGAUUAGGGAUAAAGGUGAGAAAGAAUAGGACCAAAAUUCUGUUGAUGGUUGAUUGAUUGGUGAACAAAACAAGGAGAAUUCUCUGCCCAAGGGUUUCCCUUUUAACCAAAGGUUUUCUGUUAUUGCCUAUUUAUGCAUUAUAACAAAUCUGAUUACAAAUGCUCUACUAUGUAAGCUUGUUUGAAAGCAUGUUUACUGUAAAGUUUGUACACUGACCACAAAUGUGAUAUUUUAUUGACAAAAAUAAAAUAAUACAAUUUAAAGAA